AGUGGUUCGGGAAAGUCGAACGAAUUUUCUCUCACCGUACAGCUUUCUUGGAGGGAAAUCCGAGAACCCAGCAGCAUUUGCAGCGGUUGUCACCAACUGUGGGGGAGUGUGGUUUCGACAAAGUGUGAAACGAAUUUGACGAACACCGUACCACAGCUAGACGAGUGAGCGAUAUUCGUGUGCGCUGAUAAGAGAGUGAUUUUGGGCAGUGUGAAACCAAUUUCCUUCCCGUGCACAGCUUCCGGAUAAUUCCGUUGCGGUAACCGAGGAGUUGGUGCAGAUGUGUGCGAACGUGUCGUGUUUGGUGCGCGUUACCAGUAUGAUGUCACGGUGUGCGAAACGUUGUGCGCCUCGAAUGCCACGGAUUAGUCACCGGAUACGUGGUGGGAUGGUAUGUACCGCUUCCUACAGCACGGACGCCCUACACCGCCAGCAGCCCGCCCGACUCGGCGGAAGACAUGGAUACAACGAUGCAUCGAGCUUCUUCGCGGGAAGUGGCACCCGGUCGCGGUCGUAUACGCAGGCAGCCUCUACCCUAACCCGGGAACAGCUGCACGAUCUGGUGUACAGGUUAAACGAGGAUGAAAGAGAAUUGCUUAUGAACACGCUGAAGCAGUUCGAGUCCAACAAAGUGAAGGCAAAGUUUGAAGGGCAGUUGGCAGCAACCGUUUGGCGAAGUAGAUUCGGUCGUCCAGCAAAACUAAAACCUGCCCUGGGAGAUGUAGAUCCUACCGGUUCCUACUGCGCGGUGCCGGAAGAUUGGCUGCAAAAAAAGUUCGCCGAAACCGUACCAGUACCACCCACCUCGGACCUCAUGAAACUCGGAUUGGUGAAUGCCCUUCCUUUCAUUGGAUUUGGUUUCCUCGAUAACUUCACCAUGAUUAUUGCGGGAGACUACAUUGAGCAUACGCUCGGAUUAUUUAUGUGCAUAUCGACGAUGGCAGCGGCAGCGCUAGGGAAUACCAUCAGCGACGUAAUAGGCAUCGGAUCUGCAUUUUACGUGGAGAAGCUUGCCGAAAUGAGCGGCGUGAAACCACCGAAGCUUUCGCCCAUUCAGCUGGAGAUGAAAGCCAGCCGACGGGCGGCCAAUUUGGGGCGCGUGCUUGGUAUUACGAUCGGCUGCCUGCUGGGAAUGUGCCCUCUAUUAUUCAUGAAGGAGGAUAAGGAUAAGGACAAGGACAAGGAAAAAGACAAAGCUAAAGCACCGCCGAGCACGGUGGCGAAUGUUGCCGUGGAGUAGGCCUCCACUAGAGGUACACGGCUGCUGCAGACAUAACGCUGUGUGGUUUUAGGUCAAUUUAGGAUGGUCCCACGCGGAAUGCACAGCUAUUCGUCUACCGACCGAGUAACCGAAAUCCGAAAUUUAAAUUAGACAGAUCCCAGUUCGACACCGUGGGUUAAUAUUUUACGUUGAUUGAUCGAAGGCGGAAGUUCGGAAAUCGAAUUACUGCGACGCACUCCACCUACCAGUAAUGCGAAAGCACAUACAUGCGUAUACCAGUCCCAGAGCGCACCAUCGACGAAACAGAACACAAAACGAGGUAGCAUCGUAACGAGAUAACGACCACACUAAGGGCUGCUGGAUACGAGCUGUGUACAUAUAUGUAUUAACGUCGAUCAUGGCUUUCGAUACGAAGCACCCAUGAACUCAUCUCGAUCGAAUACACCUAUCUCUCACCAUGUAUCAUCAUCGGCGGUAGAUUCGCGGUAUGAUGUAUUGUUUCAUUUCCACGAGAUGAUUUAGCCAGCUGUAAUGUCGAAAUUUAUGCCUAGUUAUUGAUUAGCCACUAUUGGUGCUACUGUUACUGCUAUUGCUAUUUAUUAACGAUUCUCUACAACACAACGUAUCGGUAAUCGAAUGUAUGCAAAACUGACUGUAAGGAACGUACGGGAGCGAGCUACUUGCAAGUGCGGCCGCGUUGUUUGUGUUAUAAUUACAGUUAAUGCACAAACUAUGUUAAUAACUAUUUACUCUUAGAAUUGUUACCUUCUUAGUUGAGGAACGUACUAGUAAGACUAGUCCAUCUGGUAAUGUGUUAUCGCUUCUAAUAAUUGCACCAGUAUGCUGCCAUGAAUAUCAUCAAUUGUUCUUGUUUAUCGAAGGCGAUUUAAACUUACGCGAAUUAAGAAUUCAAUGACACACGACACCAAUCACUUCUAUCGUACGCAAGCAUCAUCCUUGCGAAAAGGAGAUCUCCUACGCGAAAGGUUAUUUUCCCGUACUGUGACGACAAAUUGACGAAUGUUUCAUUCAGCAGAACGCGAAGAAAUGACAUCCUUGCUGGUGCAAAGGAAUAAUAUAAAACAAAGCAAAAAAGGUUAUUAAUGUCACUAGAGUAGUAUUGGUAGUAAUUGGGUCCAUUUAAAGAGAAUGCAGGAAAAUUUUAUUAGAUUAGUGUUAUUACAAUAUUGGUAUAGCUUUCUUGCAAAACAGAGACCAAUUUCUCCAAAUGUGUAACAGUAGUAAACGGAUAUAAUCGUGUGUACGUUGGUAUUGAUGAACGCUUACCCAAACUAUCCUUCCUAGUUGUUUCUCGGGCCAUAAGCAAGUCAUCAUGCGGAAUGAUAUUACGUGGAAAAUACCUCAUUAAUUUGCUCUAAGUAUUUACUUACCCAUUUCCUGCCUAUAUGGUGACUGUUUAGCGAGCAUACUCGAGUAGGGAAUGAGUUGCAGAUGUACUUCUCUUAGGAAUUUGUUUCAUGAGUCAUGUUCGGCUAAACAAACAUGAUCUGUUACCUCGUCGAUCUGUUGUCCUCGUUUCCUCCUUUUUUUCACCAACUAAUGACAGAGCACUUUACGAAGUAGCGAUUCUGAACCAAGUUCUUCCACAUUCCCAUUGAGCGCAUAUAUUGAAAAAAAAAAAGGUUUUCAAGGUGCGUGCAUAGUCCCUCCAUGUUUAAAGCACAAUAAUAUUCUAAACUGAUAUUUCUAUUACUCAAACCUAACCCCCUGGCCUUACACAUUUACCAAAACAAUUAAAGAAAAAAAAAACAACGGAACCCCCAACAGCUAGUGCGUAGCGUCGUGAAUUGGCUGGCGGGCAGCAGAAUCAAAUGAAACUAUUUUUCUAAACUUCUUCCAUCUGGCCACGGACACGGCCACAGAUAAAGCGAGAGCAGUAGAGGUGAUGUUUUUUGUCCACGCGAUAUCGCUUUCACAAUACCUUGAAUGGUCAAUUUUCUAGUAAUCAAAACACCUGGAUACUGUCCUACGUCGUCUUUCAAACUUACUCAUAUUGUCGAUUAAAUAUACGGUACGAAGCAGAUAGGUGGAAGUAAAACAAACUAACUAUGAGCAACUAGCACAAUGCAUUUCAUGAAUAAUAUAACAAAAUUAUGUAGCUAUUAGCGGCAAACAAUUAUAGUGUUUCGGUUUUGCAAACCGGAUCGGGCAACCGCUUGGGAAGGGUUUACAGCGAAAACGAUCGUGAGAGAACGAUUUGCUUGUGAAAUGCUUCGUAGAUCUUCCAGUUCACUAGUAAUUCACCGAAAACCACGUUUAACACAACUAUGCGAAAUAAUAAUGCUCAAAUCAAAAGCCGAUAAACAGUUCCGUACAGUACGGUAGUAGAUAGAAUUGAUGCUCGGGGUUCUCGUGCAACACUUGAAUACACAAUACAAAUCGAUAACCGAUGUAACGACGAACAGCAAUAGAAAUAGCAAAUAUUGAACGAAUGUGUACCAAAUAAACAGUAAUUCAC